CCAAAACCACCUUGGUACCUCCGCCGACCGAUAUGGAGUCUCACCUAAAGUGGAUGCCCAACGGUGAUCACGCUACUAGAAACCUCAGGACCCGCCAUCACCUGGGCUGUUGCAUGGUUAGUGGCCGUAUAAACGUUGCAAGAUAAAGGUACAUACUAUUUCCAGGCGACAGUAUAGUUUGUAAACCACAUGGUUUAUCUACCGGAAGAAAGUUGAUUGCUUAUAAUACACAUCGCCUGCCCAUAACUUGGUUCUUUCGGGGUCUUAGACGAAAUCCAACGAUGCACUUCCAUUCACUUCUUUUACUAUCCAUCGCCGUCGUUGUGAUUGAGGCUGCACCUUUCUAUGGAACUGUUGUUUCACGCGCGGAGGAGCUACAGUCGGAGUACGACUAUGUGAUUGUAGGCGGAGGAUUGUCUGGAUUAGUUGUGGCGAAUCGGUUGACGGAGGAUCCGAAGAAAUCCGUGCUUGUAAUUGAAGCCGGGCCAAUUUUGAACCCCGACCCCGAUGCCGUUUUGAUCCCCGGCCUAGCCAUUUCCCUCGGACAAUCCUAUCAAUGGCUGACGCAGACGGAGCCAAUCGCCGACUUGAAAAACCGCACGUUCAGUAUUUCGUCCGCUAAGGUUGUCGGCGGCGGCUCGGCGAUCAACGGAAUGUUCCUGCAGCGCGGUUCCCGCGGCGACUACAAUCUCUGGGAGAAGCUCGGAAAUAGAGGAUGGGGAUGGGACGGGCUGGAACCGUAUUUCAAGAAGAGCGAGACUUUCCAUCCGCCGACGGGGCAUGACGAUCUGGAUAUCGCGUACGAUCUAGCGACGCAUGGCACGGAGGGGCCAUUGCAGGUGUCGUAUCCGCAGUUCUUGUUCCCGCAACUUAAGUUGAUAAUGGAGGCGUUCAGGAAAUUCGGGGUCACGAUUCCGAAGGACUCUGCCAACGGAAAUGGUAUCGGGGCGCUCUGGGUGCCAUCAUCGGUGAACCCGGCAGAUGAGACCCGAUCGUACGCAAAGAGGACGUAUCACGAGAUUUCGUCCAAGAGAAGCAACUACCACCUCCUCACCGAGAGGCAGGUAACAAAGAUCCUACUGAAGAAUAAGAAAGCUACUGGCGUCACCAUUUCUGCCGCAAAUUCAACCUCUGCCAUCAAUGUCACGGCAAAAUUGGAGGUUAUUUUGGCAGCAGGAGCGCUUCACACACCAAAAUUAAUGCAGCUAUCAGGAAUCGGGCCGAAGGCGCUCCUGGAAUCCUAUGGAAUUCCAUUAGUACAGGACCUCCCUGGCGUUGGCUCCAACCUUCAGGACCACCCGACGAUGUACAGCGCAUUGGUAUUCAACUCCACAAUUCCAUCUGGAUACCCGGAUACAAACCAGUUGUACACCAACGCCACCUACGCGGCGGAGAUGCUCGCGCAAUACCAUGCAAACCGCACUGGGCCGUACACGAUGGGCCUAGGCAACAAUGCCGCAUUCCUACCCCUUCCCUUGAUCGCCCCGGACAGGUAUAAAUCACUCCUCAGCAUUGCCCUCGCCGCAAACGCAUCCACCUCCGACCUCGCCGCCGUGCAAGCGGGUUACAACAAGCAGCGAGCACUCCUGCUCGCGGCAUUCGCCACUAACGAUGUAGCUGUAGACGAGUUCUUAGUCGGCACCUCCGCCGGCGCCGGAAUAUCACUACAGCACCCUCUAUCCCGUGGCUCAGUCCAAAUUAGGUCAACAUCACCCUGGGACAAUCCCAUGAUCAACUCACGCUCAGUUUCCGACCCGCUCGAUCGCGCGAUCCUCGUCGAGAGUAUGCGCUACGCGCGACGAUUCCACGCCAGCCCCGGCAUGGCCCCAUUCUCUCCGGUCGAGGUCUCCCCCGGCACCGACGUGGUGAGCGAUGAAGCGCUCACUGAGGUUGCCAGGGAGGCGCUCGUACCCACGUUUGCGCAUCCGAGUUGUACGUGUCCGAUGAUGCCGCGAGAGAUCGGUGGUGUGGUGGACGUGAAACUUAGGGUGUAUGGGAUAAGCGGACUCAGGAUUGUUGAUGCCAGUGUUUUCCCACUUAUUCCAGCGUGUCAUCUGCAGGCGACAGUGUACGCGGUUGCGGAGAAGGCAGCGGAUAUCAUCAAGGGUAAAUAGAUGGGAGGGCAUGUGAUUGGAUAUGAGAGAAUAAGAGUGGUUUCCCAAUUCUUCCAGAGCGCAUACCGG